GGGCAAGGGUUUACGAACCAACAGAUUAAGAGAUUUGUGUAUACACAUAGAGUAAGGACCUCUCUAUGGUAACACAGAAGCUUUUUUUGAAAUGCAGCAAAUUUAGACUUGCCUCAUUAGUUUGAUGUGAUUGCACAGUGGAACUAAAUAUUCAGUUUCCUUUUGCGGAAAAACAACAGUUUCAAACAUGUCAAGAGUUCGCGAUAGGAGGGCUAUUGCCCGCUCUCCUUCGACUCUGAAUCUUGGCACGGGAGCAAUACAGACAUCUCAAGCCUCAGGUUUUUGUUAUAAUCGGGAAGUUAUCUACCCCGUCCUCCCGAUCACCUUGGACGAGGUCUACGAUCGUGCUGCCAAAUACACCAACAAGCUGCUUGCCAGACCCGUCUUCUACCCCGACAACGAGGAACUGGAAGACAUCUUGCCCAUAGCACCGUUGAUAAACGUAGCGGCCAACGCUCGAGCGAGACGAGCCCAGAACGCUGCCGACAAACGCGCCUCUAUACCGGUCAACGCAGCCUCACCGAACCCCGGUGGUGGACCGGCCUCCUCGUACGAGGACAGCAGGAGAGGUGUAAGUUAUGAUAGGAGGAGGGGUUCGGCAGCCCCGGGGGCCUACGAGGGGUCUGGGGCAGGAGGAGGCAGCCGAAGGUUGGGAGGAAUUCUUGGCGGUUCCGAUGAUCACAGGAGGGGGUCUGGUGGGUUUGACCAUGGAGGAAGGAAAAGUGGUUUUAGCGUAGCUUCAAACCUUCCACCAGCGAUUGCCGAAGACGAAGCCGCGUCCAUUGCAGCCAGUGUGAUUGGAUCUCAAGAAGGCAGGAAACAAAAGCUCGUUAUUUGGCCGGAAUGGAACGACGCCGAUGUCAACGCAGAAAAAUGGGAUGCCCCGCACAAAGCGAAGGAGAAAGAGAAAGGAAAAAGUCCAAGCAGUAUGCAACAUUUCUUUGAUGACCCUGAGGGUCGUAUCGAGAUGCCGCCGUCUCUACGGAUGCGUGUUGACCACUACCAGAGACCGCAAGACUUCAUCACGGAUAAGCUACCGGUCAUCUUUGACCCAGACAAUGGGAUGGACUUUGACCUCCACAGCGUCAACUCGCACAUCAACGAUUGUGAGUCGAUGCGUUGGAUCAUCAGCCAAAUUGCAAACCUCUGGCGCGUCUCCAUUGUAGACCGCAACGAGCCUGAGUCUUCCAUGACCUCGGUGGCCAAUGGCGUGACGCGUAACUGGCGACCGUGGGAUCAUAUCUUCGCUCUGUGUAGAGUCGGCAAGAGCCCACCUCAGUACAACCCUCACGGGAAGUACAUCGUCAGGCUCUACUGGAUGGGUUGCUGGCGUAAAGUGACCAUCGAUGACACCAUACCGUUUGAUGAUAAUGGUAACAUGUUGCUACCGGCUACCACUCUCCAGCAUGAACUGUGGCCGAUGCUACUCAGCAAAGCACUCAUUAAAGUCAUCUCACUCGAUUAUUCCGGUGGAAAUAGCAAUUGUGAAUUUGGUGAUGUGAGCGUUAUCCAUGCACUGAGUGGCUGGCUACCAGAGACCAUACCUCUUCAGUACGGUCACCUGGAGAAGGUGUGGCAUCUUUUGAAGCAACUUCUUCCUGAGUUCAAGUUACCCGACCUAGAGGAGCAGCUCAAGACAUCGGAGGGCGAUGCGGGAGGAAAGAAAGAAAGCAAGCCAGACGACACAGCGUCCACCAAGGAAUCACGCAAAGAAGAUAAACCAGUUAAGGAAGGAAAAGAAGGCAAAAGCGAGAAAUCUGAGAAAGGUGGCAAAGACAGCAGCCACAAAGACCAUAAAGAGGACAAGAAAGACAAGAAAGAUAAAGACAAAAACAAAGAUAUAAACAAAGACCAGCCGACUUUUGUCAUACCAGAGACGCCCCAAGUGGCAGUGUUUGUCAGCUACCUGCAUCCACCGAAGGUCCCCGUCCGAAUAUCAGUCCUGGGUGAGAUGGCUGAUGCAUCAGAGCGUCUGAGACAAGCAGGUCUAUCCCACGUUUAUCCACAUCCGCUGCUCAUCACACAGACACGCUCGUGCCCCCUUGUGGCUCCUCCUCCACCGCCGAAAAUCCCCGCCUGGAAAAUGGUACGACCCAAAAAGAAGAAGCCUGCACCGACAGACGAGGCUGCUGAGCAAGAAGUCAAGAAACCAGAGCAGUUUGUGCAGUUGACCUCUCCGUAUGUCAACUACAAAGUCAGCCCUAUUCCAAUCCCAACAGAAAUUAAGCGGCCGAGAUCUUCGUUGUCCCGCGGGGCGUCCCGGGCUGGUACCUCGACUUCUAUGCUUGAGAUACAUGAGGUAGACGAAAACGCUCCGGAGAGAUCGGAAGAAGAAGAGGCCAAGGCUGAGGAGGAGAGAAAGGCACUAGAGUUGAAGAAACUACAGGAGAUGAACAUGAAGUCAGAGACUAGGGAAAGUCUACUCUCUGAGAAAGCGACAGAUGUCAUUUCACCGGUCCCCACUUCAUGUGCAUCACCGAUUAGUCGGAGGAAGUCGUCCGCCGUUGUGAAACGAGACAAUCGGAGCCCGAAGGUUGAAAACGAGAAAGAUAUUAAGGAUAAAGAUAAGGAGAAAAGUGCGAGUCCAACUCGUAAGAAGUCAGCUAAGAAAAUCAGCAAAGUGGCCGAGAAGACUCCAACUAAAGGAGAGUCGAAGGUCGUCUUGAAGGAACCCAAGGCUGAGAAAGACACCACAGAUAAAUCUGAAACUGGCACCUUGAGGCCAUCAGACGAUGCCACUGAUGCGAUGUCCGUGAUGACCGGAGCCGGGGAGGGACUCGGGUCCACCCUGGAGGGUGAGGCUCCCCCGGAGGCAGCCAAGGAGGAGGUGAAGCUUGAGAAGAUGGUACCUAAAGAUAUCUGGAUGGACUUUGAAGACUUCUGUAAAUGUUUCAAGACACUGUACAUCUUCCACAAGCCAUCAACCUACCUCUGCAACCACAGAGUGUCCGAUCUUAAGAAACUGGAAAAAUACCUCAAAAACAUACAGCUUGAAGCUGCACCUCUGUCUAACAUGGUAGGCACGUUUACCAGCCGGCGGAGUGAUACUCUCCAAGUGCCAAAAUUUGGACGAGUUUCUCGGCAUGAAUAUUGUUCCGACUCCGGUGUCCAGCCGACCGGCAGUAAGAAGUCCGCAGCUCCUGGUGGUCCGAACCCCAGCGCCUCCAUGACUUCCCAGACCCCAGCCAGGAUCCCUUUUAGUCCCUCACCCCAGCAUCACGACAGGGAUAAGACCCCUCUUGAUGAUAGAGCUCCUCAUUACUUCUUCGUUGAUAAUCUAGUAUCCAGUGAGAUCAUAGUGAGCUUCUCUUCUUUGUCUCGUUGGUUUGACCCGCCUCUUGAGCCUCCCAAGACGUCUCACAGCACCUCUAGAGAGAAGGAGAAGCACAAGGAUGCAGAGUCCGUGGCUGGAUCCAGCAGCGUCGCCGACGGACUUGCUCUAAAAGAAACACCCACGAUCACACCAAAUGUUUCGGGUCUCCUCGUUGCGGAGCCCUACUCCUGGAAGAGCCUCGUCGUCGGGCAACCCAUCUUGCGUAUCCGUACGACGUCCACCAAGGCUGCUGCCCUCACACUGCCGCCCGGGCGACAUGUUUUGCGUUUUACCAUGAACGCUCCACUGGGCUACCAUGUCCAUCUGUGUUCGACCGUACCAUUUGUUUACGGGGAUGAGGAAACGGUCAUGACCCAUCUGGUUAAGGAGAGUUGUCGGUUCGUGGAUCAUGCAACCCAGGUGUUAAGAGGUAUCGGUAACGUCAUCCAACAGAUCGACCAUAAAGAAGGAAUGGAACAAGCCAUGCUUGCUCUGAAUAACGUCCACUGCCCCGUCAGGAAAGACAGACUCUCUGUGCUUCAUAACUUUGAGGUUUUUGGCGAAGCUAUGUACUUGACUCUCCGUAAAGCGUUUGGUGAGAACUUCUCGGCUGAUAUCGCUUACGCAUGGAAGGUCUUCACGCUGGAUAUCAACUCAAAAUCCGUCUCUGGGAUUAGCUACGGCGGGAGUAGACCAGAGGAAGUUGCUGCACAUGAAUCCACAGCCACCGGUGCAUCAAGAAAGUCUGCCAAAAUAAAGAAACGGGAUGUCCCAGAUGCAUGGCAAAACAGGGACCCAGCUGAUGAGGAGAUUGAGGCAGUGACUACGAUCGCUAAACACUGGAAACGGUUCUUUGUGUCCAAGAUACGAUCUUCAAGAACACCAGGAACGGAGGAGAACUUGCUGGCUAAGGAGCAGUUGAUGAAAGUCUGGACUACCUUGGAAGCCAACUUGGAACAAAACGCUUUGCAUCUCUUCAGGACCAUGUUCAAGAUCGACCCAGAGAUGAUGCCAGACUUCCCGUUCUACCAGGAUGAGUGGAAUCGGAUCUCUUAUGUCGACUUCCAAGGAACGUAUCAAGAGCAGCCGGUCCAAACCUGGUUUGUCGUAUUCAGGGAGGUAUUCUAUGUGCAAGAACCCAUGCUUGUCGUCCCUAAACUCUACGUAUCGAUCCCAACCUGUAUGCUGAGAGUAAUUGAUAAUGAUACUGGUGAGGAGAUUCCAAGGGUGUUCCAGAGAGUUGCUCCGUUUGAGUACAAACGCAACAAGAGAGGUUAUACCUUCGUCGCCGAAGCGCGUACCACAGACCUCCCUCUCCCGGGCGGGAAGUGGAGAAUGCGUCUGAUUGGUUCAUCAAGCCCCUUGCCCCAGCCGGGCAGGGAUAAUCUCAACAGUAGCUUCGGAGUCCGGGAGAUUAGGGAUUACUAUAUCCCCAACAAGGAGAACGUCAUUAUGAGGUACGCUGUUAAACCACAGGAGGACCAUGUAGCCAGCGUCCAGUUCGGCACGUCCAAAUCGGACGUGUACAUCAGCCUUCAAGUAUUAGACCACGAGGAAGAGCUGGCCAGUACCGCAGGGAAAGGGCACGCGGUCAUCCCCGCAUUCACUUUCUUAAGGGAUAAGGAACCUGGGGAGGAGGAGAGAAGAUCUGGAAGCAGAGUUUCUGUUCGUGGUGGUAAACCUCACGGUAGUUCUUCAAGUUUAAACUCAGCUAAGAGACGACAGCAGUCUGCAGGCAGCCAUGACGGCAGAGCUUCGAGAACAAGUCGAGGCUCAGCAGACAAAUUUGAGGAGGUGAAUGAAGAGGACUUCAGGCCUCAUAAGUACAUCAUUCAAGCCAAGGUACUGCGCAAGAGUUGGCCCUUAUCUGAGAGUAGCUGGGCCUUCGUUCAGGUCCUUAAAGACUUGGAGAAGAACGACCUCAAAGUCCUUACGCCAGAUGGGAAACUCGCAAAUAAGGAGCGCCCCGCGUCACCGGGCAAAGAAGGGGGCAAAACCACCACCAAGGGGGAGAAGAAGAAGGGAAAAGACAAAGGGAAGGAUAAGGAUAAAGAUAAAGAUAAGGACAAAGGGAACUUGUCCAGGCCCCCCUCCCAGCAGUUUGACAUCACCAAGCCUAACUGGACGCUUCGUGUGGUGUUGGACCAGACCCCAACGGAGGAGGUUGAGAUCAAGCGUGAUACGGAGCGGCAAGAUGAGAUCAGAGCUAUGAAGCAGGCUUGGGAGGCGGCCGAGCCAGGCAGGGCGGCCAAGGCCCAGGCAGCCAGAGAGAAGUUCCUUAAGGAGCAUCUUAUCAAGAUGGAGACAGAGGAGGAAGGGGAAGAGAAGGCUGAGCUAGAGGGAGAAGCUGGUCUUCCCCAGACCCCAGCCUCUGAGCUCGAGCAUCCCCCAAUGGAGGCUGUUCUAACAAACGAACCUCCACCCCCACCCCCGCCUAAAGAAAUCCUCAGAACCGUUGACCUUACGCCGUACAUCAGACCUGCCGAUUUCACCGGAGAGCCCCGUCUUAAGGAUGAGGUUGAGAUUGAGAGACAGAUGCGGGUGAAGCAAGACGAGGUCCGACGCUACAAGGCGUUCCGAGAAUCCGUCUUGGAUGCCAGGGAAGAGGAUAAGAAGGACAGAAACCAGACCAAGGAGAGGCAGCUUCAACAAUGCAUUGACCUUCAGACCUCCCUGGACGAGAGACGUGCCACAAUCAACGAGCCGCGAGAAGCCUUCCGUCAGAAGUUCCUCGAGGCAGAAAAGAAGCGUCUUGAAGAGAUUGCCGCUGCUGAGGCCGCCAUGAAAGCAGAGCAGGAGAGGAAGAGAUCGCCGUCACCCAAGGGUCGGAAGAGUCCCAAGGGAAAGAAAAGUCCCAAUAAGAAGGGGAAAAGUGCGAAAGGAAAGAAGAAAUAAAAUAGCGUUAUCAUUUCUUUGUGUCAGUGCAAAACACAAAUGUUGUAUUUCCUAUAAAACAAAAUUUUUUUUUAAAAUAGUAAAUGGCCUGACGUUGUGACCCUAGUCUUUCUCGAGAAAGACUCUGCUAGGGUCGAAACAUCAGACCAUUAUCUACUUUUAGCAUUUAUACCAAAGGUCCUUAAGGUUGGUAAGUUGUUACAGCUAAUUUUAUUUUCUCCUAAAAAUAGCAAUGACGUUACACAUGAACUGUCGCUAUUAAAGCAAGAUUGAUAAACACAAACCUUUCUGCUUAAUAAAAAAUCUCUCUCUCUAAAGAUGAAAUACAGUGUCAUUAUAAAUUCCGUCCAAUUUUUUUUUCCUUAUAAAUUUUUUUGUAUUUUUGUAAAGAUAUCUACGUGUAUACCUGAAAACUUUUCAAUUUAUUGUGUAUAGUUUGAGGAACCUUUAGUGUGUGAAUUUAGCCUUAUCCGUCCAUUUGUAUAAAAACUAAAGAUGAUACCCUUUUCACUGGCACUCACAUGUGGAGUAUUUGUAUAUAUAUUUUCAUGGUUACUCCUGAGCAAAAGUACCAGCGAAGUAAAUAUUAAAGGCAGUCGAUACUAUUGGUAAUUACUCAAAAUAAUUAUCAUCAUAAAACUUUUCUUGAUUCAGGU